ACACUAAAACAUGGGAUUCGCGUGUUCUGAAGGCUCCCCUCGCCCUCAGCCCUCUCGGUGCGCACAUUCCCGGGGUGUUUUCAGACAAAGCGUGCGCUGGUGGAGCCAGACCCGGCUCACCUCGGGUCAAACCCCCUCUCACCCUUGCUUUGGGGUCAAAAUCGGGGCUUUUCACCCUUUUUCAUUUUGGAACGGCAGCAGUUGAGCUGAGUUAGGGUGUUAAAACCGAAAACAACCAUAAAUAAGCAGAAGAGGAAUUCUUCCCCCCUAGGCCCCCGUGUUGUGGCUCUGUCUCGUCAUGUGCUUUGCAGGAACCUCCUCCAUUGGGGGAUUUAACUUUUUUUUUUUGCUAUUCAGACACGUGCUCCUUCGCUAUUUUUUUUUGCUGUUAUUAUUAAUUUAAGGCACAAAUGUAAUAUGAAUUUUUGGGGUUUUUUAAAUUGUCUUUUUAUAGGAAUAUGUCUUACCCCGUUAAAAUCUGUGUGUUUGGGGUUUUUUUUUAAUGAAACGCCCAGCCGUCCCUCCUGGUCCCCAGCCCAGAGUUGCUGUUUAAAUGUCGUUGUUUUGGGUUUUGCUGAAAGGUUAAACACCCGCUGUUGGGAGGGUGGAUCUGCCAUGAGGUAAUUAUUUUCCCUGGGACCAGCCUCUCUCCAAGGACGAGGAGGAUCCCGAGUUUCAUUUCUUUCCCCUGAUUUAUAGGAAUUACAGUGUGCCCAGAGGAUCCCCCUGGCUCCAGGGUGGGGGGCGGAAGGGACGAGCCCAACCUCCUCUUCCCUAAAUUCUGAUGGUAACUGAGGAUGUUUAUCCCAGGGUGGGGUUCCAAAUGCUGACAAAACCUGCCGGAUUCCUUCUCUUCCCUGCUUUUCUCCCCUGAAUCCCUUGGACUUGGGUUUUGGGGCUGAGCUCAGCUGCCAGACCAGGAGCUCGUCUGGGUCUGAGGAGCAACACAGGGACCUUUGUUUUCCUUUUGUGCUUCACGUUUGAAGCUUUGUGUUGUUCUUGGAAAGUUUCGCACCACUUGUGAAUUCCCUGAACCUUGGCCUUGCCAGCCCCCUUGUGUUGGGCCCUCCUCCCUUUCAGCUUGCCCAAAUUAAGACCCACUUGGCUCUGCAGUCGUGGUCCUCGGUGUCCGGCGGCGGCGCGGCCCCUGCCCACGCUGGGUUCCGCCAGGCGUUGCCCAAAGACGCGAUGUUUAACCCCAGAGGAACCUUGCCCCCCAGGCCCAGGGGACCCAACCCCUCGGGCAGCAAGCCUCCGGGAUCCUUCGGGGCAGGAGGGGCGGCGGGGCCGCAGAGGAAGCCAGCGCCGGGAGCCCCCCAGGCAGCGCCCCAGAGACCCCCGGGCCAGGACUCGCUGCAGUGGACGGGCUCCCAGAGGAUCAACGUGCGGGUCACGCUGCACAGGGCGGAUCCCAGGAAGGUCAAGGAGAAGAACAACCUGCACCAGGAGCAGAAGGGAGACCCUCGUCCCAACCGCUGGGACAACAGCCCCUGCCCGGCCGGGACAGCCGCGCCAAAGCCGCCCGCGCCGGCCCCGGUGCCGGUGCUGGAGCAGAACUCGAGCGCCCAGAACCGCUACACGCCCGAGAGCGCCUCCAGCAUUUUAGCGAGCUUCGGGCUGUCCAACGAGGACCUGGAGGAGCUCAGCCGCUACCCCGACGACCAGCUGACCCCGGAGAACAUGCCGCGGAUCCUGCGCGAGAUCCGCAUCCGCAAGAUGGGCCAGCCCGCGCCCGGCCUGCGCGGCCCGGCCCGCGGGGACGAGCGGGGGGCAGAGCCGGGUGGCGCGGCCGUCAAGGGCAAGGUCAUCGACUACGGGCACGCCAGCAAGUACGGCUACACUGAGGACCCGCUGGAGGUGUGCCCCUACGCCCCCGAGGGGCUCCCGGAGCCGCCCCUGGAGCCCUGCGUGUACAACCCCGACGGCCCGGGCGCGGACAGCAGGGAGGACGUGCCGCGGGAGCAGGGCGUGCCGGUGCCCGUCCCGCCGCCCGGCGUGCCCUGCAACCCCGUGUUCCCGGCCGAGGAUCUGAUGAAGCUGCCGGCCUUCCAGGGCGACUCCUCCGGCGCUCCGCCGUUCUUCCCGGCCGAGCCCCCGGCCAAGGUGUCGGGGCUGUGCCCGGCGCCCGCCGCGCUGCCCGUGGUGACGCCCGCGUCGCAGGCGCCGAUGCCGCCGGUGCUGCCGCCCAUGAUGCCCACCCUGCUGCCCUCGCCGCUGGCGCAGCCCCUGCUGCCGCCCGUGAUGCCGCCGCUGGUGCAGCCGCCCGUGUCCCAGCACGUCCUGCCGCCGCUGACGUCGCCGCCCUUCUCCGCCGGGCUCCUGGCCGCCAUCAGCCAGCACGAGCAGAAGCAGCGCGAGACCGGCAGCGGCUCCGGCUCCUCCGGCAGGGCCGGAGGGGGCCACAAAGGCUUCCAUGCCGAGGGGCCCAUCAAGUCCCCGUUCGGGGUGGUGAAGGCGUCCUGGCUGCCCGUGUUCCACGACACCCAGAAGAGCAAACGCCUGCCCACCCCGUCCAUGAUGAACGACUACUAUGCGACGUCGCCGCGAAUAUUCCCACAUUUGUGUUCUCUGUGUAACCUUGAAUGCACUCAGAUGAAGGACUGGAUCCUGCACCAGAACAACCCUUCCCACAUCGAGAGCUGCCGCAAGCUCCGCCAGCAGUACCCAGAAUGGAACCCCGAGGCUCACUCCAGCAGGAAUGCUGGGGACAGGAAGGAGAACCAGACCCCGAGGCACCGCUCCAGCUCUUCCAGCCCCAGCCGGCGGCGCUACCGCCCGGGGGGCUCCGGGUACCCCCUGCGGCGCUUCCGAUCCCGAUCCCGGAGCCCCGGGCGCUUCCGCCGGCCCCGCAGCCGCAGCCCCCCCCGGCACUUCCGCCGGCCCAGCCCCCGGCACAGGUCCCGGUCCCCACAGCGCUCCAGGAGCUCCCUGCGCUCCAGUUCCCGCUCCCACAGGUCCUCCAGCUCCGAGCGCUCCUCGCGCAGGUCCAGCCGCUCGGAAGACAGAAAGGCAGCGCUCGAGGCCGUCAUGAAAACCCUGGGGCCUGAGUUCCUGGCAGAGUUCAAGAAACAUAAAUCACUUCAGGCAGCUGUGCAGGGAUCCCUGGGAUCAGGGAGAUCCUCAUCCACUCAUGGACCGCCGGGGAAGAUGCCUGGGAGUGUGAAGAAGCCACUGAAGACAAGUGCUGCUCCAAAGGCUUCCAAGAAGGAUGCGUCUGCUGUGCCUGGGCCGAGUUCUGCCUCCCCCAAAACGGAAGAAUCGGCCCAAAACAAAGAGGGGGAAGAGGAUGAGGAAGAUGAAUCUGCAGGGAGCAGCAAACCUCAGUCUGCUUCUUACAACAGGCUGCUGAGGGAGGACCUGCUGAGCUGUGGGACCGUCCUGCAGAUCUCGGACCUACCGGACGACGGGUUUUCGGAUCAGGACAUCAAAAAGCUCGUGCAGCCCUUCGGCAAAGUCAGCGACCUCAUCGUGCUGCGCUCCAGGAACGAGGCCUACCUGGAGAUGAACUACAAGGAGGCCGUGAUCGCCGCCGUGAAGUACGGGGAGACGGCGCCGGUGCUGCUCAACGGCAGGCGCGUCCGGAUCAGCGUGGCAGAGAAACCCCGGCCUCCCCCGGGCCAGGUCAAAAAGACCAUAAAAAAACGAGUUCUGACUGUUAAAAAAGCUUCAGCAAGUACCAAAAAAGUUCCAACCACCAGCACCAAGACCUCCAAACCCCUGACAGGUAAAAAAGAAAAGCUCAAAAAAUCAACAGUGACAGGAGAGCAGAAGGUCAAGAAGACUCCAGGUGCUGCAGAACAACCUGAGGAUGGAGAUCCUGAGCCCUCGGCAGAGCCCGGGAUGGAAGCUGAGGAAGCGGAGCCGUCAGAUCCAAAGAGUGUCACGGAAGGGGAUGGAAUCCCAGAGCCUGCAGUGCCCAUGGAGACCCAGCCCAGUGCUGCACCUGUGCCAGGGAGCCCGUCCCAGCCCCCUCAGGCGCCGGCGCUGGACGUGCCUGAGGUUGAUAAAGCUUUAAUUAAACCAGAGCCUCCAGAAACGGCCACACCGAGCGAGGAACCAACAGAUCCAGCCAGGAAGGACCCCGAUGACCUGUGUGUGGUCCUGGUUUCCAACCUGCCCGACAAGGGAUAUUCCGUGGAGGAAGUUUCCAACCUGGCCAAGCCCUUUGGGGGCCUGAAGGAUGUGCUGAUUUUAUCCUCUCACAAAAAGGCAUAUCUGGAAAUCAACAGAAAAGCUGCAGAUUCCAUGGUGAAAUUCUACACCUGCUUCCCCAUGUCCCUGGAUGGAAAGCAGCUCUGCAUCAACAUGGUGCCUCAGUACAAGACUAUCAAGGAUGAAGAAGCCAUAUUUACUGCCCUGAUUAAAGAUUCUGACCCUCAGGUAAACACUGAAUCCAUCCAUAACCAGUUUGUGCACCUCGGGAAUUUGCCAGAUGAUGGAUACAGGGAGCUGGAAGUGGUUUGUGUGGGGCUUCGCUUCGGCAAAGUCGACCAUUAUGUUGUGCUGAAGAAUAAAAACAAGGCCAUCCUGCAGCUGGACAGUGCCAAGGCAGCCCGCUCCAUGCACAGCUUCCUGCAGCAGUAUCCCUACAGCAUGGGGGGGCACACCCUCAGCUGCUCCCUGUCCCCCCGCGGGGAGCCCGCCCAGGCUGAAGCUGGGAAGAGAGACCCCAAGGGAGAGGAGGGGAGCAGAGCAAGCGCUGGCUCGAAAAAAUCUCCCGAGGGAUCAGGAGUGGUGCCAAGAGCAGCUGCUGAUCCGCCAGGAGAGCCCAGGGGGGCAAAGAGAGGAGCCAUUCCCGCCUCCAGUGGCACGGAGGAGAUUCCAGCGGGACAGACAGAGCCCCCCGAGCCCCAGCCGGGAGGAGCAGCGAGGGAAUCCCCUGGAAGCCUGGCCCGGACAGACGUGGAUACUGGGAUGGGUGUUCCUGUGAAACCUUCUGGCACCAAAUCACCUGGAGAGAGGUCGGAGGAGAAGCCGCUGCUGCCUCCCAGUGCAGGGAAGGAAGAGACUCCUAAAGCUCCUCCUGAACCAAAGGUGCUGGAGAAGGAAGGCAAAGAGGGGGGUGAAGAGUCGUCUGCCCCUGCUGUGGAAUCACUGGGAUCGUCCAGCAGGGCUGAGGGGGAUCCAGCAGGUCGUGGGGUGGUCCCAGCAGCCGGGGAGCCAGCGGGGGCCACCCCUGGAGCAGUGCCCCCCAGGGCUGAGGAGGCUCCCACGGACACAGUGUCACCUGCUGUCACCCAGCCAGCCAGCGAGGCGGGUGCUCCUGGAAAGAGCCCCGUUCCCGAGGCUGGGAAAACCAACCCUGAAACGUCAGGAGCUCCGGUGGCCGAGAGGAAACCUGUCCCUAAAACCAGGGAGGCCCCAGGGAAGAGACUGGAUGUGGCUGGAGCAGAGGAGGGUGCGCUCAAACCUGGGCACGCUGCGGAGGAGAACCCCGGGAAGCUCUCGGACAGGGCUGGGGCAGAGCCGGAGAAGCUGCUUGGAAAACCAGCAGCCAAGGCUGGGGCUGCUCUGGAAGAUGCGCCGUGUGCCGUCGGUGGGAGCAACGUGGGAAGCUUGGUCAAGACCCACCAAAACAAAGGGACAGGAGCAGCAAACGCCAGCAGAGCCCGCCCAGGGGCUCCCCUGAACCCCUUCAUAUCGCUGAAGGAGCCUGCUGUGGGUAAAACCCUCCUGAGGGCGGUGGUGUCCAUCCCGGAUAUCUUCAAGCCCAGGGCCCCAGCGAAGAGCAGCGAGCCCUCCCCGGGCAAAGGGGGGGAGCAGAAACCCCCCCCCAGAGCCGAGCCCCGGGGCCAGGCAGGGGGGGACAAGAAAACCCCCUCCAAAGCAGCUCAGCCCGCAGCGGGGAGCGGCCAGUGGAGAGGGAGCGGCAGCUCUGGAGUGGAUGGACAGGGAGGCGGUGGGAGGAGCUCAUCCCAGCAGGAGAAGGACUCCCAGGUGGAAUCUAGGGCUGGUUCAAAACAGAGCCAAGAGGGAGAGAGUGGAACACCCGGCACGAAGGAGGACCCCAGCAGCGCUCAGGGCCCUGGUGGGAGCAGGAAAAGUGGCGCUGACAGCAGUGGGAAGCAGAAGGAGGAAGAAGAGCUGUUCCCGUUUAACCUGGAUGAGUUUGUCACCGUGGACGAGGUGGUGGAAGAAGUGGAGUCUCCGGUUGCACCGCGGCGGAACCCCCCCAGGGGCAAGAGGAAGGACGGAGCCAAGGCCAGCCCGUCGGAGCCCGUGUCCAAGAGGAGGAAAGGGAAGAGCUCCGGGGCGGCCAAGGGGGAGCCGUCCUUUGUCACCCUGGAUGAGAUCGGGGAGGAGGAGGACACGCCCGCCCCGCUGGGAGACCCCCAGGGGCUGCUGGUGGUGGACGAGGUGCUGGAGGAGGAGGAGCUGUCGGAGGCGGUGAAGGACCCGCAGGCGCUGCUCACCCUGGACGAGAUCUCGGAGCAGGACGAGCUGGGCCCCCACAGGGACCUCUCCCAGCCCGAGUUCAAGGAGCAGGACCUGAAGGCCGAGCCCCUGGUGACGGUGGAUGAGAUCGGGGAGGUGGAGGAGCUGCCCCUGAACGAGCCCACGGACCUGAACGGCGAGGAGGGCAAGGGCGGCGCCGGGGACUUCACGUCCUCGCAGGUGCCCGAGGACCCCACCGCCCUGGUGACCGUGGAUGAGAUCCAGGAGGACAACGAGGACAACCCCCUGGUGACUCUGGACGAGGUGAACGAGGAGGAGGACGAUUUCCUGGCUGAUUUCAACCACCUCAAGGAGGAACUGAACUUCGUCACAGUCGACGAAGUCGGGGACGAGGAGGAGGAGGAAGAGAGCGCUUCCUCAGGGAAGAAUCCUCACGAGGAGGAGGAGGAGGAGGAGGAGGACAUCAUUGCUGUCGCAGGACCAGAAGAAGAGGAAAUCGCGGCCAGUGCAGGACCAGAGGAGGAGGACAUUGUUGCUGUUGCAGGACCAGAAGAAAUGGGAAUUUUGGGAGAUCCAAAUCCGGAAGAGGAAAUCACUGCAGUCUCCAAGCCAAAAGCUCAGCUGGGAUCAGGAGGUGCAGAACCAGAGUCCAGGCAGAAGAAAGCGGCUGUUCCAGGUGUCCCCAAGGUGCAGAGCACUCCCAAAGCUCUGGACAUGCUGGUCCCCCAGGCCGGGUUCUUCUGCCAGAUCUGCUCCCUGUUCUACGCGGACGAGCCCUCCAUGAUCAACCACUGCCGCACCCCCCUGCACCGGCACAACAUGGAGAAAUUCAUGGCCAAGCAGCAGGAUAACGACGGGGAAGAGCCGAGCUCCAGGUGAUGGAGGACAGAGGGACCCUCCGGUGCCCGAUGCUUCGGGGCCGCUCAGUUCUGUGUGUUUGGGUUCCAGUGGUCGUUUGGGGUCACGAAGGAGCGUCUGUGGUGUGGAAAUGGGAGCUGGGAGGAGACCCCAGAGCUGCUGGGCUGGAUUUGUGUCUCCAGUCACCCGAGGUGGGACAGACCAGUCCCAGUGUCCGCAGGAAAUAAAUGUUCUCACUGUAUAGUUA